GCUUCAUUCAAGCUUCGCACCGAGUCUACUCUCUGUCUGUCUGUCCGUCCUUUUCUCUCGUAUUCAAAAUGUCCGGUAUCAGUAACGACUGUGCAGUGUGCAUUUGCGCUCGGUAAGUUCGACGUGGGCAAGCCCGAGAGGAGCCCCUCGUUGAUAGUGGUGAUUCGUGAAGGAUUGAAGAUGACAUAUAAAGGUACGGAUACUUUGAGGCCCGCUGGCCGCUCUGGUCCAGUGGUCCUUGGCUAUGGCUGUGCACUGUACAUACAGUUUGUCUCGCCUUCCCCGCCUUCGCUUUGGGGGCUGUCGUAGCUUGUUCUUCGUUCUUUUUCCUGUUCCAUGGCGUAUCGUACUUUACCUCAGUGGCGCAGCCCAGCCACGCGACUUGAUAGACCGCGUGAAAUGCCAUCGAAGGGUAAUACAGGGAUCCAAUCAUUCCCUUUCAGGUGACCGAUUUUUUUUCUUUUUUUUUUUUGAAUUCCGUACGCAAGUAGUAAACUUGUUGGCUUCUUGGAUUGUCCCGUCUUACGGAUACAGGUCGUAUUCAGAUCCCCGCGAUCUACAGCUUAGGCUCCAUCAUGACCGAAUGGAAUCAUGGGAUGUGAUGCUUCGGGGUCGAGUGAAAGUAAUUAGGCAGGUUCCACGGUGGACAGAGGGACAUGUAAAUGUUGCGGUGUAGGUAGAUCGUAUCAAUCCUAUCUCUUAUUAUUGCCGAG